UGAAGUCAAGUUGUUCACUCAACUGUCGGCCGCCAUCGAGACGAGGACGAGAAGCUCCUCUUUCAUUUUUCAUUCACUCGCUGGACACUUUCAACAACUCGUGUGGAUUCGAGUCGGGUAGAACUUCACCAGCUGGACCUGCAAUGAAUAACUGCUCCAGAGCUACAUGUCGGGACCGAGCGCACGCUUGGCCUUGUAAGCUGCGACUGUGAACUGUACUGUCAGGGAAAUUCCUCGGGCCUCCCGGGUCACCUCCGCUUUUCGCUAUCAGGCGGCUUGUGCAGCUGCACAAGCUUCUGUUUCCACAACAACGCACACUUGAAGCUGUCUUAGCCAUUCAGGAGGACAUCGGACACUUCAUUGGGUUAUUAUUGGACCAGGAAUGAAUUAUCCCCACCAUGGCGCACUGUCAAAUGUAAAGGAAGAAGGACGACUUUUGUGUGUUAUGACCUGGUUUGGAUUCAUCUGAUUAUAUGUGACUAAAACAAGAGGCAAAGUGGUGCGACCCGUCCGCAGACACAAUGGCCACCGAAGAGAAUCAGAUCGUCUCGGACAAGCACGCUACACCUCCAUCCUCCGCGGUCAGGCCCAGCAGAGAAACUAGAUGCUCAAACGACAGCCAGGAAGUCCGCCAGCACCCGGACCACUUGUGGCUGCCAAAACGGCGGAGUAACCCGGCUCGCCUUUAUUACAAGAAGUUGUCGUGUGACAGUGAGAAUGAGACCAAUUUGGACACAGAAUAUCGCUCUUUUGAGUACAGCCCAGAGAUGAAGCUUUAUCCAGAGCGACUGCUUGGCAAACAAAUCGAAGGAAAAACCUCAAAGCCUGCGAGAGGUUCUGAAGGAUCUUUCAGCCAGCUGGACUUAAUAAGCGAGGGUGUGAAUGAAGGCAGAACUGGCGGCACCCGUUGCUUCACCCGCCUCGACUCUUGCCACAGUUCCCCGUCCUGCCCAAGCUCGAGCCUCUGCGCAAGCCCCGCUCACAGUCCGUCGCUCAGUCGCGUCUACUGGCGGAACCGCCGCCAUCUCCGGCGCUCCAGCCUGCCCGUGUCGACGCUGGAUUUCCCCAAGACAUCACCAUGCUGCUCCUCCUGGCGCAGUCCCUCCAGUGUACCCAACUCGCUGGUGUCCUCCCCCUACAGCUCCCCCGUGCCCACCCACCGGCAGCAUCGGUGCAAUGGACACGUCCACCAUCACCAUCUCAAAGACGGCUUCUCCAGCUUAGAGCGGCUCGACAGAAACACUUGUUCCGUGGAGAAAUUCUUCGAAUCCAUGACGCCGGCCCUGAUGCGUGACGAGAGGUUGUCCUCAGAAGGGAGAAGAGGCAGCUGCAGUGGGGGCAGCAGCGGUAAUGAGGGGGCCGAAGACGACGUCUUGGAUAACUCAGAAUUUGUCAGGCACCGUAAGGAGCGUUCCACGGUCCUGGUGAGACGGUUCUUUAAGAAUAAUCAAAAGGUGACCAAGUCGGUGUGCACUGGAACCAGAGCGAUCGUCCGGACGCUGCCCUCGGGACGCAUCUCGGAGGAGGCCCGGGAGGAGGUGGUCUGCUGUCUGACCUGGCAACCUAGCAAGAAAGAUAUCCUGCCGAUCCUGACGCGCCGUGUGGGAGAAGAACUCCAAGUCUGCAAAGGGGUGCUGCGCUUUGUCUGGGCCAAGAUGCACAAGGUAGCACACAAUGUUCAGGCUGAGGCCGCACUUAACCUGACUCACCCCGCCAAGCUGCUGCUGCUGCCUCGGCCUGGAUGCAUCAGCGUCCGACUUUCUUCCUGGCCGCCGCCCCCCGUCAGCGGUCGUCCACCUGGACCGGCUCGCAUCACCCUUCCUCAUCCCACCCGGGGAUCUUCUUACCCACCCAGGUUUUAUCUCGCAUGUGGUCGGAGGACAUCUGUUUGCUCCCUGUUGACCGGAGCGCUCCUGGAAGCCACGGCCGCUCUCGGGGCUCGUUCUGCCUUGCCCUGCCCGUUCGGCCAGUCCCUCAACAUCAGCCACGGCGUCCUGAAAGAGCGUCAGCUGGCCAACAGCAUGACCAGCGGCGGCGCCCUUCCCGCCAGCGUGAGCGGCAUCGGCAAGGAGCUGGCCGAGCUGCGACACCUCGUGCAGUUCCCCGAGGAGAUCGCCUGCAUCCUCACCGAGCAGGAGCAGCAGCUCUACCAGCGGGUGUUUCCCUUGGACUACCUGUGCUUUCUGAUGCGAGACCUAAGCGGUCCGGAGAGUCAAACCAGACGGCACCCCAACCUCAAGGCCUCGCUGUCGGCCCCCGACACGCCCACCCAGACGGCGCAGCGCAGUAAUGCUGUGGAGGACCUAGUGGCGCGGUUCAAUGAGGUGAGUUCGUGGGUCACAUGGCUGGUGCUGACUGCCAGCUCUAUGGAGGAGAAGAGAGACGUUUUCUCCUAUUUGGUCCACGUGGCGAAGUGCUGUUGGAACAUGGGCAACUACAACGGCGUCAUGGAGUUCCUGGCAGGACUCAGGUCCCGCAAGGUGCUGAAGAUGUGGCAGUUCAUGGACCAGUCCGACAUCGAGACUAUGAGAAGCCUGAAGGACGCUAUGGCGCAGCACGAGUCCUCCUCAGAGUACAAGAAGGUUGUCACCAGAGCACUCAAUAUCCCAGGAUGCAAAGUGGUGCCUUUCUGCGGCGUGUUCCUGAAGGAGCUUAGUGACACGUUAGACGGCACAGCAAGCAUCAUCAGUCUUAAAACGCCCGUGGAUAACGCUGACGACUCACUGGAGUUUCUCUCCGACUACAGCGGCCAACACAACUUCCUGUCCCGCGCCGGCACAGACGGUCUUCACGUCCCGGAGAAAGAAGCCACCGUCAGCAACAUCCUGCAGAUUAUUAGAUCAUGCAAUCGCAGUUUGGAGGCAGAAGAUCCCGACGAGGCCUCCACCAGUCCGUCUUCUUCUGGCCCAGCUCCGGCAUCCAGAAACAACUCCCUCAGGGACCGCAGCCGCUAUCAGUUCAUGGUGGGGUACCUGUCCGAUUCUGAAGGCGAUCUGUCGUCUGAGCCCGGGGCGAACGAGAUGGAGUUCCAGGGCACUGAAGAGACUCACAAAGCUUUUUGCCACGGCACUGAGCUCAUUCCCUGGUACGUGUUGUCCCUGCAACCAGAUGUUCACCAGUUCCUGCUGCAGGGAGCCACCGUCAUCCACUACGACCCGGACAGCCACCUGACGGCCCGCUGCCUGCUCAGACUCCAGCCUGACAACACCACGCUCACUUGGGGUAAGCCUGAGAGUGGAGGGAUCUCCCCCACGGAGCAACCACAAGGAUUGGGCCAGACUGUGGUUGCGGGACUGGCAGAAGGUCUGCUGGACAUCAGAGUGCUGAAGGCUGUGUUCCUGGGUCACCAGGGAGUGGACGUCCACACGGUUUGUUUGCAGAACAAACUGAGCCAGCUGACAGUCGAGGAGAACGGCCUCAGCCUCCUCUACGGCCUCAGUACCACCGACAACAGACUGCUGCACUUGGUGGCCCCCGACUACACUGCGCAAAUGCUCUACAAGGGUCUGUCAGAGUUGGUGAACGCAACCAGGAAGCUGAAGAAGUUUCCGGACCAGCGUUUGCAGUGGCUCAGGAGGCAGUACGUCAGUCUGUAUCAGGAGGAGGGUCGAUAUGAAGGCCCGACGCUGGCCCAGGCCAUUGAGCUGUUUGGUGGGCGCAGGUGGAACAUGGGCGCGAGCGGAGGGGAUAAAUCGGGGGCCCCCAAGAGCAGCCCUCUGGGGAUCAAUGAAAAGGCCAAGAAGAAGAAGAAGGCCCUUGUUAGGGGAGACAGUGGGGAUGCCACUGAUGACGAGAUGGUUUCCAGGAAAACGCGAAGCUGUAAAGAGGGAUUUUAUCGGAACGGACCAGAGUCGGACAGUAUAGACCAAGAAGAUCCAGAUGACGGCUUUCCCGGCCCGUUCUCCCUCCCCUCCAAAGGAAGUCCUGGAUUGCUCGCCUCUUCCUCCUCCUCCUCCUCUUCCUCCAGUAUGGCCAGCUCCAACCAAUCCCGCCCACAAUCCUCUCCAAUCCUUUCAGGCACUACCAAGGCUCACUCAGGGGCGUGGAGCAGCAGGUCAUGGCACGGUCGCGGCAAAGGCUGUUUCAAAGGCUUCCAGAACCUCAUAAUCUCUGACAGCACCAUGAGCUUCGUUGAGUUUGUGGAACUCUUCAAGUCGUUCAGUAUCCGGAGCAGGAAGGACCUGAAGGAGCUUUUCGACACAUUCGCCGUCCCUUGCAGUCGUUCCGCUCCAGAGUCGGCUCCUCUCUACACCAGCCUGAAGAUUGAUGACAGGGACGCGGGGCUCCAACCAGACCUUGACCUUCUGACUCGAAACGGAUCAGACCUCGACCUGUUCAUCCGGACCAGGCGGCAGAUGUCGGACAACCAGAAGCUGAUCUCGGACGCCAUCGCCGCCGCCAGCAUCGUGACCAACGGGACGGGCGUGGAGAACUCGUCGCUGGGCGUUUUGGGCUUGGCCAUCCCUCAGUUAAACGACUUCCUGGUCAACUGUCAGAGGGAGCACCUGAGCUACGAUGACAUUCUCAGCAUUAUACAGACAUUUGAGCCUUCAUCAAACAUGAGGCUAAUGGGCUGGAUGUCGUUCGAAGGCUUCGCGAGGUACCUCAUGGACAAGGAGAACUUCGCCUGCCGUAACGACGAAUCCCAGAUGAAUCCCGAGGAGCUCCAGUACCCUCUGUCCUACUACUACAUCGAAUCUUCUCACAACACUUACCUGACGGGACACCAGCUCAAAGGAGAGUCCUCUGUCGAGCUUUACAGUCAGGUGCUGCUGCAAGGCUGCAGGAGCGUGGAACUGGACUGUUGGGACGGAGAUGACGGCAUGCCAGUCAUCUAUCACGGGCACACACUCACCACCAAAAUACCUUUCAAGGAUGUGGUGGAAGCAAUUAACCGCUCAGCAUUUGUCAACUCGGACAUGCCGGUCAUCAUGUCCAUUGAGAACCACUGCUCCCUUCCGCAGCAACGCAAGAUGGCUGACAUCUUUAAGACGGUGUUCGGGGACCGUCUAGUGACGCGCUUCCUCUUCGAGGGCGACUUCAGCGACGACCCUCACCUGCCGUCGCCGCUGCAGCUUCGCGGGAAGAUCCUGCUGAAAAACAAGAAGCUCAAAGCCCACCAGGCACCGGUGGACAUACUGAAGCAGAAGGCUCACCAGCUGGCCCACUUGCAGGCCCAAGCCAGCAACGGCUCACCAGGGGGCACCCCGCCUGGAACUGGAAGCCACGGCAACGAGGAAGAGGACGAGGACGAAGAUGAGUACGACUACGACUACGAGUCUUUAUCAGAUGCCGAUGUCCUCAAUGCCUCUACCGCCUCCUAUGGGCUGGAAGAUAACCUCCUGGAGGAAAAAGCAGAAGGCAAAAGCUCGGCGGACAAAGAGGAGCAGCCUGCGGAUGAAGCACCCAAGCGCGUGAAGAAGGCUGACAGCAACAGUCAGAGUAAAGGAAAGGUGUUCGACAUGGAGCUGGGCGAGGAGUUCUACCUCCCUCAGAACAAGAAGGAGAGUCGGCAGAUCGCGCAGGAGCUGUCUGACCUUGUCAUCUACUGCCAGGCCGUCAAAUUCCCGGGCUUGUCCACGCUGUCUCCGUCCGGCUCGGGCAGGGGGAAGGACCGCGGCAAGUCCAGGAAGUCCAUAUUCGGCACGGCUCCGGCUCGCUCCGCCGCAACGGGGGAGGUCUCCGCGCAGAGCCGUACUCCUGGGAAAAGCGGCGCCGAGCGUCUGAGCUGGGAGGAGCAGCAGCAACAGCCGACGACGUCGCCGGCGCUCAACCCUCCGACGUCGCUCAGCGCCAUCAUCCGCACGCCCAAGUGCUACCACAUCUCCUCGGUCAACGAGAACGCCGCCAAGCGCCUGUGCCGGCGCUACUCGCAGAAGCUCAUGCAGCACACGGCGUGCCAGCUUCUCCGCACCUACCCGGCCGCCACGCGCAUCGACUCUGCCAACCCCAACCCGCUCCUCUUCUGGCUGCACGGCAUCCAGCUGGUGGCGCUCAACUACCAGACCGACGACCUGCCCACGCACUUGAACACAGCGCUGUUCGAGGCCAACGGCGGCUGCGGCUACGUCCUGAAGCCGGCCGUGCUUUGGGACCGAAGCUGUCCCCUCUACCAGCAGUUCUGUCCCACGGAGCGAGACGUGGAGCGAAGCGGCCCGGCCGUCUAUUCCCUCACUAUCGUGUCCGGUCAGAACGUGUGUCCGGCCAACGGCUCGGGCAGCCCCUGCGUCGAGGUGGACGUCCUGGGCACGCCGGGCGACAGCUGCCACUUCCGCAGCAAGCCCAUCCACCGCAACACGCUCAACCCCAUGUGGAGCGAGCGCUUCCAGUUUAGCGUGCACUUCGAGGAGCUCUGCUUCCUGCGCUUCGCCGUGGUGGAGAACAACAGCUCGCAGACCACCGCUCAGAGGACGCUGCCCCUGAGGGCUCUCAAACCAGGUUAUAGACACGUGCAAUUGAGAACGCAGCACAACGAGCCGAUGGAAGUGUCCAGCUUGUUCAUCUACAGCAAAAGAGUUGAAGAAACGGGCGGCACGUGUUCCUCGUCCCAACUCUUCAGCCCGGAGGAGAAGCACGCGUCCCAACAGCACAGAGUGACGCUACACGGAGCACCUGGACCAGAACCUUUCACCGUGUUCUCCAUCACGGAGCACACAACGAGCAAACAACUGUUAGACACGCUUGUCACCUCCGAGGGAAACGCGGCCGACUGCUUCCUGUGCGAGGAGAAGCUUCCCCUGUCUAAGGAGCGCAGCGAGGCCAAGCGCUGCGCUCAGCGUCGGCCCCUCGCGCCUGACGAGGCGCUGGUCCGAGUGGUUUCCGGUUGGGACGCCGAGGACGGCUACGUGGGGAGGAUCUGUCUCCAGACCAGAGAGGAGAAUCUAAACGAGAAGAAUGCGGCGGCGGAGGGUGAAGAGGACGUGAUCGCUGUGGGAGGAGGAGGAGGAGGAGGAGGAGGAAGAGGAGAAGGCGGCUUCGAGGAGGACGUGUUUUUUGUUCAGGUGCACGAGGUGUCUCCCGAGCAGCCUCACACCGUCAUCAAGGCUCCGCGCUACAGUUCCGCACAGGACAUCAUACAGCAGACUCUGUCCAAGGCCAAAUACUCAUACAGCAUCCUGUCCAACCCCAACCCCAGCGACUACGUCCUCAUGGAGGAGGUGACCAAGGACGCCGGCUCCAAGAAGUCGUCCGCCGCCAAGCCCGUCCAGCGCGUGCUUCUGGAUCAGGAGUGCGUCUAUCACGCGCAAAGUCGCUGGAGGGGGGCGGGGAAGUUCAUCCUCAAGCUCAAAGAGCAGGUGGUGCGCGAGGACAAGAAGAAGGUGAUGUCGUUCGCCAGCGAGCUGAAGAAGUUGACGAGCCGCAGUCGCGGCAUGACGACGGGCGUGGCGGCGGACGGCGCCGCCCACAGUAAGGACGAGAGAGCUGCAUGCUGCGUGGCGUUGACCGAGCUGCACGAGUGAGCCUCACACUCCGGUCUGUGCAUGGGAAAGUGCAGCAGAGGGUACACGUGUGCGGGCAGCGGGCUGAGGGCGUGGAUGGCAGAGAGCAGGGUCGGGGCAGGACGUCUCCUCCGGGCCUCGUCUCCC